GUGGUUGUGCUCGUUUCCUUUACCACCGCGUGAUGAGGAAGAUAGUAGUGCUCGCCGGAAUCAUCGACUGGAUCGGGUUGCACAUCAAUCGACGUUCUACUGCUAGGAGCCGACGAUCCGCGAUCGCCUUGGACGCUCCUAAAACGAUACUUGGAUUAAAAGUCUGCGGUAAACGUACAACAUACCUGCCCGAUGUAUCUCUUGUUGUAGUGGACACGAAAUGCUUCUCGCAAGCAUCUUCUUCCGCUGACAAUGCUGGAUCACCGCCAAUCGUCUCGAUUUCCCAGAAUCGUUCCAUAAUCGAAUCCAGCGAAGAUAAACUGUUGAAUCCACCGCCGGAAUAUGCAGAAGCGUAUGAUGACGCUGACGACAAGUACGGCACGAAUAAUCCGACUUACACUGUUUAA